CCAUAUGAUUGUGUUUCUCGGCAUUCUCCAAACCGUCCGCUCCGCUCUCUACGGAUAGAUCGACGACGACGACGAAAGCCCUCCGUCUCUGCUCGGAAUCCCCAGCUCCGCCCCCUCGGAUCGGACUCCCGAGCUCCGGCAUGCGAAUCGCGUCAUGUGUGGAUCGCUAGUGUCGACUUGUCGCUUAAAUGCGGAGUGAUCGCGGGACGAACUGCUGCUGAUUUCGUCACUCCGGUGGCCGGCUCUGUUCUGCCGCCAUGUUCGAGGCUCACGUUUUGCAUUUGCUUCGGAAGUAUCUGGGCGAAUAUGUCCAUGGGCUUUCAGCAGAGGCCUUACGGAUAAGUGUCUGGAAAGGUGAUGUUGUUCUCAAGGAUUUGAAAUUGAAGGCAGAGGCACUCAAUUCGUUAAAGCUCCCUGUAACUGUAAAAGCUGGUUUUGUGGGUACUAUAACGCUGAAGGUUCCCUGGAAAAGUUUAGGAAAAGAGCCCGUAAUUGUUCUCAUAGACAGAGUGUUCGUGCUUGCCCAUCCUGCUUCUGAUUACCGGACUCUUAAGGAGGAGGAUAGGGAAAAGCUUCUGGAAGCCAAACUUCAGCAGAUUGAGGAAGCUGAAUCAGCAACCAUUGAAGCAAUAGCAAAGUCAAAACUUGGAACUCCACCUCAAGGGAAUUCAUGGCUUGGUUCUCUUAUUGCUACUAUAAUAGGAAAUCUUAAGAUAUCUAUCAGCAAUGUACAUAUUAGAUACGAAGAUUGUGAAAGUAAUCCAGGAUAUCCGUUUUCUGCGGGUGUUACCUUAGCCAAGCUUGCAGCUGUGACAAUGGACGACCAAGAGAAGGAAACAUUUGACGCUAGUGGUGCUUUGGAUAAAUUACGAAAGUCUGUGCAACUGGAGAGACUUGCUAUGUAUCAUGAUUGCAAUAGUCUUCCUUGGGCAAUUGAUAAAAGAUGGGAAGAUCUCAGCCCAAAGGAGUGGAUUGAGGUUUUUGAAGAUGGUAUAAAUGAACCAGUUACCUCCCGUGAUACAUUGUCUAAAUGGGCUAGGGCUCGGAAUUAUUUGGUCUCACCAAUAAAUGGAGUUCUAAAAUAUCAUCGUCUUGGAAAACAGGAAAGAAAUGAUCCUGAAACUCCAUUUGAGAGGGCUUCUGUUUCAAUAAGUGAUGUCUCCUUGACAUUAACAGAGGCUCAAUAUCAUGAUUGGAUAAAGCUCUUGGAAGUUGUUUCUAGGUACCGCAUUUAUGUUGAAGUUUUCCACUUGAGACCUAUGGUGCCAGUGUCAGAGGGUCCUCAUUUAUGGUGGCGGUAUGCAGCUCAGGCUAGCCUGCAGCAAAAGAAAAUGUGCUAUAGAUUCCCAUGGGACCAGAUUCAGCAACUUUGCCAGCUCCGUAGGCGAUAUGUACAUUUAUAUGCUGGAUUCCUGCAACAAUCAUUGGACGUGAAGAACUCAGAUCUUAGAGAAAUUGAAAGAGACCUUGAUCCGAAAGUGAUUAUUUUAUGGAGGUUGCUUGCACAUGCCAAGGUUGAGUCUGUUAGGUCAAAGGAAGUAGCAGAACAGAGAAGGCUGCAGAAAAGAAGUUGGUUCUCUUUUAGAAGGCAAAGUACGAAUGUAGAUACCUCAGGGGAUGCUUCUGAAGGAUCGCAGUUGACAGUGGGAAAGCUAACUAAGGAAGAGUGGCAGGCACUUAAUAACUUACUUAGUUACCAGCAGGAUGAGGAGUUGGCUUCACAACCUGUAAAGGACACCCAGAAUAUGAUCCGCUUUCUGGUGACUGUGUCCAUUGGGCAGGCUGCGGCAAGAAUAAUUAAUAAACAUGAUGUUGAGAUUGUAUGUGGCAGAUGCGAGCAACUUCAUGUGUCAACAAAAUUGAGACAUGGGAGCACACAAUGCGAUGUGUCCCUGAAAUUUUAUGGCUUAUCUGCACCUGAAGGUUCACUUGCACAGAGUGUUAGCAGUGAACAGAAGGUGAACGCAUUAGUUGCUAGUUUUGUUAGCUCGCCAGCUGGGGAAAAUGUAGACUGGAGGCUGUCAGCCACAAUUUCUCCCUGCCAUGUUACGGUUUUGAUGGAAAGUUACAAUCGAUUCGUAGAAUUUGUGAGGAGGAGCAACGCGGUUAGUCCUACUGUUGCCCUGGAAACUGCAGCUGCUCUGCAGACAAAGAUUGAGAUGGUCACUCGUAGAGCGCAAGAGCAAUUCCAGAUGGUAUUGGAAGAACAAAGCAGGUUUGCGCUUGACAUUGAUUUAGAUGCUCCUAAAAUUAGAGUGCCUAUAAGAACAUGUGGCUCUUCCAAAUGUGAAAGCCAUUUGCUUUUUGAUUUGGGCAACUUCACUCUUCGGACAAAGGAUAGCCAGUUGGAAGAUCAGAGGCAGAACAUAUACUCCCGGUUUUAUAUUUCUGGAAGAGACAUUGCUGCAUGCUUUACAGAGUGUGGCUCCGAUUGUCACAGUGGCGCCUUGGUUUUACCAGCUUCUAGCAAUCAGCCUCCUGACUCUCCUUUGAUUGAGAAAGCAGAUGAUUUCUGUUCUCUUAUUGAUAGGUGUGGCGUGGCAGUAAUUGUUGACCAGAUCAAGGUUCCUCACCCAAGUUACCCAUCCGUGCGUAUCUCCAUCCAAGUGCCAAACCUUGGCAUUCACUUCUCUCCAUUACGUUAUCACAGACUGAUGGAGUUAUUAAAUAUCUGGUAUGGAACACUGGAAGUCCCUGGGCAGGCUGUGGAAGAUUGUUUUCAAACAGAGCUUUCCCGCUGGACUACCGUAGAUCUUGCUAGUGAUGCUAGAAUCUUGGUUUGGAGGGGUAUUGGAAAUUCAAUGGCUAAAUGGCAGCCUUGCUUUCUUGUAUUAUCCGGAUUCUAUCUUUAUGUUUUAGAGUCUCAUAAGUCUCAGAAUUAUCAGCGAUGCUUGAGUAUGGCUGGUCGGCAGAUUCAUGAGGUUCCUCCUGCAAAUAUUGGCGGUUCUCCAUUUUGCAUUGCUGUGAGUUUUAGGGGCAUGGACAUUCAAAAGGCUCUAGAAACAUCUAGUACUUGGGUAUUAGAGUUCCGAGACGAGGAUGAGAAAUCUGCUUGGUUGAAGGGACUCGUACAAGCCACAUAUCAAGCUUCGGCUCCUCCAUCUGUUAAUGUGCUUGGAGAAACCAAUGAAGGGGUUUCCUUACUAAGUAGUACUCACACAAAUUCUAGGACUGCUGAUCUUGUCAUUAGUGGUUCUUUGGUGGAAACAAAGCUCUUUAUCUAUGCUAAGACUGGAGAAAUUGGUGACAGGAAUUCUGAAGAGGCACUGAUUCUUGAACUUCUUGCUGAUGGGGGGAAGGUGCAUGUGAUUUGUUGGGAAGGUGACCUUACAGUCAAGACUAAGCUUCAUUCUUUGAAAAUCAAGGAUGAGCUUCAAGGUCGUUUUUCAGCAGGCUCAGAAUACUUAGCGUAUUCUGUGCAAAAGCAUGAAAAUUUACCAGUUUCACCUGGUGUAAAUGACUCCGACAGCUCAGAUAUGUCGAUUGACCAAGCAGAGGAAGAUGAUCUUUUCAGGGACGCACUUCCAGAUUUCAUGUCAAUAGAUAGUCCAUCUUCAAGGAUGGGAGACCUCAAUGAUUUUUCUGGAAUUGAUUCCCCAUAUGCUUCAACAAGUGAAAGGGACUAUGGAAAAGGAAAAGGAUUUUCUUCCGAUAUAUUCUAUGAGGCAGAGGAUAGUGAUACCUUGAGUUUUGUUUCUGUCAACUUCUCUACGAGGAGUUCAAAUUCACCUGAUUAUGAUGGUAUAGAUACGAAGAUGACUGUUAGCAUGUCCAAACUGGAAUUCUUUUGCAACAGACCAACCGUUGUCGCUUUAAUUGGGUUUGGUAUGGAUCUGAGCUCUGCAAGUGGAGGGGCAAGUGAGACAAACAUUCAGAAAAUAUCAGAGAGUGAAGAUCUGUUGGACAAAGAAAAAGUUGAUGAUAGCUGGCGUGUCAAAGGAUUGUUAGGUUAUGGCAAAGGGCGUGUCGUAUUUAAUUUACACAUGGAUGUGGCCAGUGUAUGCCUGUUUCUCAAUAAGGAGGAUGGCUCUCAGCUUGCAAUGCUUGUGCAAGAAAAUUUCCUAUUAGACAUCAAGGUUUAUCCAAGUUCUCUCUCCGUCGAAGGGACCUUAGGAAAUUUUAGACUCAGCGAUAAGUCGCUUGGAGCAGAUAACUGUUGGAGCUGGCUUUGUGAUAUUCGUAAUCCUGGUGUUGAAUCCCUUAUCAAGUUCAAAUUUGAUUCUUAUAGUGCUGAAGAUGAUGACUACGAAGGAUAUGAUUAUAGCUUGCAUGGUAGACUUUCAGCUGUUCGUAUUGUCUUUCUUUACCGGUUUGUUCAGGAGGUAACUGUAUAUUUCAUGGGGCUUGCCAGUCCACAGACUGAAGAGGCAAUCAAACUGGUUGAUAAAGUUGGAGGCUUUGAAUGGUUAAUCCAGAAAUAUGAGAUUGACGGAUCAUCUGCAGUGAAGCUGGAUCUUUCCCUGGACACUCCAAUAAUCAUUGUGCCAAAGACUUCAGUUAGCAAAGACUUCAUUCAACUUGAUGUGGGACAGCUUCAAGUCAGAAAUGAAUUGAGAUGGCAUGGGUGCCCUGAGAAGGAUCCUUCGGCUGUCCAUAUAGAUGUUCUUCAUGCUGAGAUUCUGGGGAUAAACAUGACGAUUGGAAUUGACGGUUGUAUGGGCAAGCCGAUGAUAAGGAAAGGCCGAGGAGUUGAUGUUUUUGUCCGAAGGAGUUUGAGGGAUGUUUUCAGGAAGGUUCCUAAUUUUUCUCUUGAAGUGAAGAUUGGUUUGUUGCAUGCUGUGAUGUCAGAUAAAGAAUACAAUGUUAUUCGAGAUUGCUUAUACAUGAAUCUCUGUGAAGAGCCUAGGCUUCCUCCAAAUUUUCGUGGCAGCUCAUCUAGUUCUAAAGAUACAAUGCGGCUGCUGGCAGAUAAAGUCAACCUGAAUAGUCAAAUGUUACUGUCACGCACAGUAACAAUAGUAGCAGUUGAAGUGAGCUAUGCUUUACUGGAGUUGUGUAAUGGCGUUGAUAAAGAGUCUCCUCUAGCACGCAUUGCUCUGGAGCGUUUAUGGGUAUCAUAUCGGAUGACUUCAUUAUCUGAGACAGACCUCUAUAUCACGAUUCCCAGAUUUUCUGUUCUUGAUAUUCGCCCUGAAACGAAGUCUGAAAUGCGGCUGAUGCUUGGAUCGUCUUAUGAUUCGUCCAAACCGGCUUCCAUGGAAGACUUUCCUUAUUCAUCAAAUAGUUAUAGCAUUCGAAGGAGAAACUCUGAAGUUGGAGAGCUGGAGGUUCCAAGUCCUACAAUGUUCCUGAUGGAUUAUAGAUAUAGAACAACAUCCCAAUCAUUUGUUGUGCGGAUUCAGCAACCAAAAAUUCUUGUUGUUCCGGAUUUCCUUCUUGCUCUGGGUGAGUUUUUUGUGCCGGCUUUGGGAGCCAUAACUGGGAGGGAAGAAACAAUGGACCCUAAGAAUGAUCCUAUUAUGAAGAGGGAGAACAUCAUACUAUCAGAACCAGUCUACAAACAACAUGAAGAUGUAGUGCGAUUAUCUCCAACCAGGCAGUUAGUGGCAGAUGCUCUCGGAGUUGAUGACUAUACAUAUGAUGGUUGUGGAAAGGUUAUCUGCUUGAGUGGAAACCUAGAUUUUAGGGAAAGUCACACUGGCAGAUGUGAACCAAUCAUUAUCAUUGGUAGUGGUAAGAAGUUGCGGUUUGUCAAUGUAAAAUUCGAGAAUGGUCACCUUUUGAAGAACUGUACAUACUUGAGUAAUGACAGCAGCUACUCUGUGGCCUAUGAAGAUGGCGUGGACAUUUCAUCACUGGAAAGAUCUGUAACUGAUGAUGAGAAUAAAAAUCUAGACCAGCAGGCAGAGCCAUUGGACAUCUUAAGUCCUAAUUUGACAUCUCAAUAUGAUUCAAGUUCUACAGAGAGUUUCACCUUUGAAGGCCAGCUUCUCUCUCCUGAGUUCACCUUCUACGACAGUACAAAAUCUUCUCUUGAUGAUUCUUCCCAAGGUGAAAAGCUGCUACGUGCAAAAAUGGAUUUCAGCUUCAUGUAUGCUGCAAAAGAGAAUGAUACUUGGAUUCGUGCACUGGUGAAAGAUCUCAUGAUUGAGGCUGGUUCCGGUCUUAUGGUUCUUGAUCCAGUUGAUCUAUCAGGAGGAUAUACUUCUGUUCGGGAAAAGACAAGCAUAUCCCUUCUAUCAACUGAUAUAUGCAUCCACCUUUCCUUGAGUGCAUUGUCUCUAGUUAUUAAUCUUCUAAAUCAGGUCUCUGUGGCUCUGCAAUUUGGAAACACUAUUCCUCUAGCUCCUUGUACCAACUUUGACCGAAUAUGGGUUUCUCCUGAAGAAAAUGGUCCAGGUUUUAACCUCACCUUUUGGAGACCUCAGGCUCCAUCUAAUUAUGUUGUCUUGGGAGAUUGCGUGACAUCAAGGCCAAUUCCACCAUCACAGGCAGUAAUGGCUGUGAGCAACACCUAUGGACGUGUGAGAAAGCCUAUUGGCUUUGAUCUCAUCGGGAUGUUUUCCAACACGCAAGGAUUUGAAGCAAAUGAGAUGCAUGCUUCUGCUGAUAUUGGUAGCACCUGCUCUGUUUGGAUGCCUGUUCCACCUCCAGGGUACAAAGCAUUGGGAUUUGUGGCAUAUUUGGGAGACCAGCCACCUCCAAAUCACAUUGUUUACUGCCUGCGUUCAGACCUUGUAACCUCAACAAUGUACUCAGAAUGCAUAUAUACUGUUGCACCAAAUCUGGUGUUCCCAUCAGGAUUUAGCAUUUGGCGUUUGGACAAUGUGGUCGGAUCAUUUUGCGCCAGUGCUUCCACCAAUUGCCCUCCCAAAGACUACUGUCUCAACCUGAGUCAUGUUAUUCUAUGGAGCUCCAGUCAGCAUCAUGUGUCUUCUAAAGAAUCUGCACGUUGGGGUUCAGUGCCAGACCAUCAUGAUGGAAGUCAGCAGACUAUUGGGCAGACUACCAGUUCAUCUGGUUGGGAUGUGCUGAGAUCGAUCUCAAAGGCUACUAACUGUUACAUGUCAACUCCUCACUUUGAGAGAAUUUGGUGGGACAAAGGCAAUGAUGUUAGGAGACCAGUCUCCAUUUGGCGGCCCGUGACACGUUCCGGUUAUGCUGUGCUUGGUGAUUGCAUGACGGAAGGGUUGGAACCGCCUGCUUUAGGCAUCAUCUUUAAGGCUGAUAGUCCUGAAACUGCGGCAAAGCCUGUGCAGUUUACAAAAGUUGCUCAAAUUGUGGGGAAAGGGUUUGAUGAAAUCUUCUUUUGGUAUCCAGUUGCUCCUCCUGGCUAUGUCACGUUGGGAUGUGUUGUGUCUAGAGGAGAAGAGCCACCAUCCUCUGAUUUAUUUUGCUGCCCCAGAAUGGAUCUUGUGAACCAAGCUAACAUUUUUGAAGUGCCCAUUUCAAGAUCCUCAAGUUCUAGAGCUGCUCAGUGCUGGAGUAUCUGGAGAGUUGAAAAUCAGGCCUGCACUUUCCUUGCCCGAUCUGAUUUCAAAAAACCAUCAAGCCGAUUGGCUUACACAAUCUGUGAUUCUGUGAAGCCAAAGGCAAGGGAAAAUGUUUCUGCUGAAGUGAGGUUGAGGCGAUUCUCUCUCACUGUUCUAGAUAGCUUAUGUGGAAUGAUGACUCCAUUGUUUGACACGACAAUCACCAAUAUCAAGCUUGCAACACAUGGUCGUCCAGAUGCAAUGAAUGCUGUACUUAUAUCUUCUAUCGCUGCAUCGACCUUCAAUACACAACAGGAAGCAUGGGAACCACUUGUGGAGCCUUUUGAUGGAAUAUUCAAGUUGGAAACAUAUGCGACUAAUGAACAAACAUCAACUGUACCUGGCAAGAGAGUGCGUGUCUCUGCAACCAGUAUUUUGAAUAUAAAUUUGAGUGCUGCAAAUCUUGAAACAUUUGCGGACACUGCUGUUUCAUGGAGAAGAGUAAUGGAAUUGGAAGAGAAAGCAGUGAAACUCCACCAGGAGGAUAGCCAACAUACUAAAAAUGGAGAAGAUCAAACUUUCUCUGCAUUGGACGAAGAUGAUUUUCAGACUGUUGUAGUAGAAAAUAAGCUUGGUUGUGAUAUGUAUCUGAAGAAAGCUGAUGAAAAUAUGGAUUCAGUCGAUUUACUCCAUCAUGACGAUCAUGCGCUUGUCUGGGUCCCACCUCCAAGAUUUGCGGACAGGCUAAAUGUAGCUGAUGAAUUCAGGGAAGCUCGCCAUUAUGUUGCCAUUCAGAUUCUUGAGGCCAAGGGUCUUCCCACUGAGGAUGAUGGUAAUAGCCACAAUUUCUUCUGUGCUUUGCGCCUUCUUGUCAAUAAUCAGGCGACAGAUCAACAGAAGUUGUUUCCUCAAAGUGCAAGGACAAGAUGUGUUAAGCCAGUAUAUUCGAAGGAUGAAGGGGUAGCAAAGUGGAAUGAACUUUUUGUAUUUGAAGUACCACGGAAGGGUGCAGCUAAAUUGGAAGUAGAGGUGACAAACCUAGCUGCAAAGGCUGGAAAAGGUGAAGUUAUUGGUGCAUUCUCAUUCCUUGUUGGUCAUGGUGCUAGCACAUUGAAGAAGGUAGCCUCAGGCAGGAUUCUUCCUCAAUCAUAUGACGUUCGGAAUGUCGUGUCAUAUCCGCUUAAGAGAAAGGUUCAACAAAAUAAUGUUGAAAACGUUCAAGACUGUGGAGUCUUCUCAGUUUCCACCCAAUAUUUUGAGAGAAAAGUUGGAGGCAAAAUUUUAGAAGAUGUAGAACAUGAGAAUGACGGGGACAAAGAUGUUGGUUUUUGGGUUGGGGUUAAACCUGAUGGGGCAUGGGAGGGUGUUCGGUCACUGCUACCACUUUCAGUUGUCCCCAAGUCAUUUCACCACAACUUUGUUGCCAUGGAAGUAGUUAUGAAAAAUGGCAAGAAACAUGCAAUUUUUAGGGGUCUUGUAAAAGUUGCGAAUGAUUCUGAUGUCAAAUUGGAGAUUGCAGUCUGUUCUGUGUCUUCACUUAAGGGCAGUGAUUCCUCCACUAUUUCAAGGAGUAAUCUUUUAGUUGAAGAGGUAUUUGAAAAUCAACGUUAUCAUCCUAGCGAUGGUUGGGGUAGUAAGUACCUUGGUUCGCAGUCUAAUGAUCCCGGUCGCUGGAGCACCAAAGACUUCUCAUAUUCAUCUAAGGAUUUCUUCGAACCACCUCUUCCUUCAGGGUGGCAGUGGACAUCAACUUGGACAAUUGAUAAAUCCCAUGCAGUUGAUACCGAUGGAUGGGCAUAUGGACCUGACUUUCAGAGUUUGAGGUGGCCUCCUACUCCAAAGUCAUUUACUAAAUCUGCUUCUGAUACUGUUCGCCGAAGGCGUUGGACUCGUCCAAGGCAACAAUUGAUGGACCAAACUCUAGAUAGGCUAACGAGUGGUUUGACUACAAUAAAUCCUGGGUCUUCUGCUGUUUUACCAUGGAAAAGGACACUGAGGAAUUCAGAUGAAUGUUUUCUAGUUCGCCCGUUUGCUGACCCAUCUGAGACGCCAUACUCAUGGGGCCGUGCAGUUGCCCUUUCUGGCUUCAGUGAUCAGAGUUCCUCCUCUAGACAAACUACAGUUAAGCAAGGAGAUAAAAUUUUGGACUAUAUAUUUAAGUUGAAUCAGCUCGAGAAGAAGGAUAUACUGCUGAGUUGUUCUCCUAGAGUAGGAGGUAAACAAUUUUGGCUUAAUGUUGGCACAGAUGCCUCUGUACUCCAUACCGAGCUAAAUGCACCCAUUUAUGAUUGGAGAAUCUCUGUCAAUUCACCUCUGGAAUUGGAAAACCGUCUUCCUUGCACGGCAGAGUUUACACUUUGGGAGAAAACAAAAGAAGGGAGCUUCAUUGAUCGAGGUAGUGGUGUUAUUUCUUCAAGGAAGACCACCCACAUCUAUUCUGCUGAUCUUCUGAAACCGUUGUACAUCUCGAUGUUUGUCCAUGGUGGCUGGAUUUUGGAGAAGGACCCUGUUCUGAUUUUAGAUCCGUCAUCUAGUGGCCGUAUUUCUUCAUUCUGGAUUAUCCACCAGCAAAAUAGAAGGAGAUUACGUGUAAGCAUCGAAUAUGACUUGGGAGGAAAUAAUGCUGCCCCAAAAGCCAUAAGAUUUUUUGUUCCGUAUUGGAUUGUUAAUGAUACGUAUGUACCGUUGGGAUAUCGAGUGGUGGAGCUUGAAUACUCUGAAAAUGCAGAUCCUGAUUCUCUUAUUUUAUCUCGGGCUGUUAAAUCCGCCAAAACUGCUUUGAGAAAUCCUACACUGAGCAGAAAACAUUCCAGCUCAAGGAGAAAUAUUCAGGUGCUAGAAGUGCUAGAGGACAGUGGUCCUGUGCCUGCCAUGCUUUCUCCUCAGGACUAUUUUGGUGGCAAUGCUCUGCUUUUUUCAUCUCAGAAAGAUGCAUAUAUCUCUCCAAGGGUUGGUAUUGGCGUCGCUGUCCGUAAUUCUGAUAUUUACAGUCCUGGAAUCUCUCUUCUUGAGCUGGAAAAUAAGGAACGGGUUGAUGUGAAGGCAUACAGUUCAGAUGGCUCUUACUACAAGCUUUCAGCUCAUAUGAAAACAACCUCGGACAGAACUAAGGUCGUUAAUUUUCAGCCCCAUACUUUAUUUAUCAAUAGAGUUGGCUCUGGUAUAUGCCUACAGCAGUGUUAUUCGCAAAAAAUACAGUGGAUUCACCCCACCGAUCCGCCAAAAGUUUUUUGUUGGGAAUCUUCAGCAAAAGUUGAACUGAUGAAGUUGCGGGUGGAUGGAUACAAGUGGAGUAGUGCAUUCAGUGUUUCAACUGAAGGUGUGAUGCGUGUUUCCUUGCAAAAAGAAGCUGGAGGUGAGAGCAUCCAAUUAAGGGCAGAAGUAAGAAGUGGAACAAAGAGCUCCCGUUACGAAGUAAUUUUCCGUCCCAAUUCAUUUUCCAGCCCUUACAGGAUUGAAAAUAGAUCUUUGUUUCUACCUAUUCACUUCUGCCAAGAGGACAGCACAAGUGAUUCUUGGCAGUUUCUUCUCCCAAAUGCAGCUGCUUCCUUUUUCUGGGAUGACGUUGGUAAAAGGCCAGUUUUAGAGCUCUUGGUUGGUGGAACUGACUCAGGGAAAUCUGAGAAGUAUAAUAUUGAUGAAAUUUCGGAUUACCAGCCCAUCCAUGUUGAAGAUGGGCCCAUUAGAGCUCUACGUGUUACGGUCUUAAAAGAGGAGAAGGUCAAUGUUAUCCGCAUCACUGAUUGGAUGCCAGAAAAUGAACCUUCCAUUGCGGUCGGUGAAAGGCUCCCAUCGCCUCUGCCUCAGCUUUCUGGGACUGGCUUGCAGCACCAGACACAAUCCACUGCAGGCAGCGAAUUUCACAUUGUUGUUGACUUUGCCGAGCUUGGAAUAUCAGUUGUUGACCAUACACCCGAGGAGAUAUUGUACAUCUCUGUGCAAAACCUUAUGUUAGCUUAUUCAACUGGAUUGGGAUCGGGAAUCAGUAGGUAUAAAAUAAAAUUACGUUCAUUGCAAGUGGAUAAUCAGCUCCCAUUAACUCCAAUGCCCGUCCUCUUCAGACCACAGAGAGUUGUAGAUGAAACUGAUUCUGUGUUAAAACUCUCCGUGACCCAGCAAUCUAACAGAUCUCUUGACUUGUGUGUUUAUCCUUAUAUUGGUGUCCAGGGGCCUGAAAAUUCUGCUUUUCUUAUAAACAUCCAUGAACCUAUAAUUUGGCGCCUGCAUGAAAUGAGUCAGCAGGUCAGCCUUAGCAGGCUAUAUGAGACUCGAACAACAACUGCUGUUUCGGUUGAUCCAAUUAUUCAAAUUGGUGUACUCGAUCUGUCGGAAGUUCGAAUCAAAGUAUCAAUGGCUAUGUCACCGGGUCAGCGUCCCAGGGGAGUACUUGGGUUUUGGUCAUCGUUGAUGACUGCUCUUGGAAACACCGAGAAUAUGCCAGUAAAAAUAAAUCAAAGAUUUCAUGAGAAUGUGUCAAUGAGACAGAGUUCUAUGAUUAGCAACGCAAUUCUAAACGUCCGGAAGGAUCUUCUGAGUCAACCUCUUCAACUGCUUUCUGGUGUUGAUAUUCUGGGUAAUGCAAGCAGUGCUCUUGGACAUAUGAGCAAAGGCGUAGCUGCCCUAUCAAUGGACAAAAAGUUCAUACAAAGUCGGCAGAGACAGGAAAACAAGGGUGUGGAGGACAUUGGUGAUGUGAUCCGAGGGGGAGGUGGGGCACUUGCUAAAGGGCUAUUCAGAGGAGUCACCGGCAUUUUAACCAAACCUCUCGAAGGAGCAAAAUCCUCAGGUGUUGAGGGCUUUGUUUCAGGCGUAGGGAAGGGAAUAAUUGGGGCAGCAGCACAGCCUGUGAGUGGAGUCCUCGAUCUUUUGUCUAAGACCACUGAGGGUGCUAAUGCAAUGAGGAUGAAGAUUCUAGCAGCUAUUACUUCAGAAGAUCAGCUUCUUCGUCGUAGGCUUCCACGGGUGAUCGGUGGCGAUAAUUUGCUCCGACCAUAUGACGAGUACAAAGCUGAAGGACAGGUUAUACUGCAGCUGGCAGAGUGUGGCUCCUUUUUCGGCCAGGUUGACCUGUUUAAAGUGCGUGGCAAGUUUGCCCUAUCUGAUGCAUUUGAAGAUCACUUCAUUCUUCCGAAAGGAAAGAUAGUUGUGAUCACCCACCGAAGAGUCAUAUUGCUCCAACAAGCUUCAAAUAUUAUGGCUCAGAAGAGAUUCAAUCCGGCUAGAGAUCCAUGUUCAGUGUUAUGGGAUGUUCUGUGGGAUGACCUGGGGACAAUGGAACUAACGCAUGGAAAGAAAGAUACUCCGAAGGACCCUCCCUCUCAGUUGAUUAUAUAUUUAAAAACUCGAUCACCAGAUCAUAAGGAGCAGAUUCGUAAAAUUAAGUGCAGCCGAGAUACGCAUCAAGCUCAAGAAGUCUACUCAGCAAUUGAGCGUGCAAUGAACACAUACGGACCUGUUAAAUCAAAGGGAAUGCUAAAGAACAAAGUAACAAAACCUUACUCACCGGGUGCGGAAGGCACCACAGGCGAGAUCACAUCCAAAGAACCAGGCAGCAUGUGGUCUCCUCAACAGGUUCCUGUGAGUUCUACUUUUGGCAGCGAGUCCACUUCUUGAUUCGAUUUCGAAGAGCUCACCUACAUUGCAGAUAGUUCGGUUCACGGACAGAGACAGUCGUCAAUUUUGUAGCCUCGUGUGUAUCCAAACGAUUUUAGCAUAUAUUCAUACUGUGCCGGGAAAAAUGUUGUAUAGGCUGUUAUUCUGUCGGUGUUAAUGUAUAUAUGGAUGUAUAGAUUGAGAAGAUGUAUAUCUGCAAAUAUAUUAUAGAAGGCAGUUCACUUGUUAAACGUACGGUCUCCGGAAGGAAAGGAAUAGAGAAACCAUAUAAAUAUAGUUCAGCUUAUACUUUCCGAUC